CGCGAACAUUCACAAUGGCAUUCCGCAAGCGCAAUGUAGCCCUAACCCGUAGUGAUCCGUCCAGUGAUACGGUAUCAUCCCCUACGUCCCCUCAAGCGGCAAAUGUUCCUCAGCCAUCACCAGGCGUGCGACCCUCCCCAAUUGACGGGCGACCUACCACAUCCACAGGAACGCCAUCGCUCGACGCAGUACUUGCCGGCCACGCAGGAUUAGCCCUUGGGAACUCCCUAUUGAUCGGAGAAUCUGGAACUACUGAUUAUGCGGGAGCAUUGCUGAGAUUCUAUGCCUCGGAGGGCGUGCUACAGGGCCAUGUAGUGCACGUUGUGGGGUUGGGUGAGGUAUGGGGAAGGGAGCUGCCUGGGAUAGCGGAAAGCAGAGAUGAGGAAAAGAGAAGGCAAAGGAGUGAACGGGAAGAAAAAAUGAAGAUUGCCUGGCGAUACGAAAGUUUGGGGGAGUUUGGUGGCAGGAAUGCGAACAGAGUCCCCACACAAACCAAGACUGAUGGAGCUGAGGCGGAGUCAAUAUUUUGCCAUACGUUUGACCUCGCAAAACGGCUCUCUCUACCGUCUAACACAUCCAUCAACUACAUUCAAAUACCACGAACCGCACCUCAAGCCUCACCGUUCACAGGGAUAAUACAAAACCUCCAACAGAAGCUCGAAACGUCACCACCUAGUUCGAUCCACCGUCUCAUCAUUCCUUCCAUCCUGUCACCUGCCUAUUAUCCUCCUUCAUCAUCCCAGCCUCAACAUGUCCUCCAAUUCCUCCACGCCUUACGAGCCCUCCUGAGACAAUAUCCGACACGCCUAACAGCCAUAUCCACCAUACCCCUAUCUUUAUACCCCCGUAGUACUGGUCUAAUUCGUUGGAUGGAACACCUAUCGGACGGUGUCUUCGAACUUUCACCAUUCCCCUACUCCGCCUCCCAAGCACUCUCCACCUCCUCCGCUGCCACCAAGGAAGAGGAAAGGCCACAGGGCAUGUUCGCAGUACACAAGUUACCUGUGUGGAGUGACAAAGGAGGAGGUGGUGCGGUCGAGGGUCUAGGCGAGGAUCUAGCCUUCACGUUAAGCAGGAGGAAGUUCACCAUUGCGAAGUUCAGUCUGCCGCCGAUGGAGGGAGAUCAGGAGGCUCAGGAGGAAGCGAUGAGGGAUGUUGCGGGAGAGAGAGGGAAGACGAUGCCGAGUAAAGCAGAACUUGAGUUCUAAGUAUCGGGUUGAUAUAGUUAGUUAUCUAGGGCAGGAUAUUAAAGAUACCAUUUAUUAUUUGGAAGGAGCGAUUGAAUUGGGGUUCAUCACAAUCGGAAAUCUUGUACCGGAAAUGAAAUGAUGUGAUGAAGAAUAUUGAUUUAAAAUACAAAGGUCGUUAAU